CCGCGCGUUUGUUUCUGAGGAAACUGCCUGUCAGCGACGAUUUUAAGUUUUCCGUGUCGAAAGUGUUGCUCCUGUAUCCUCGUAUUCACAUUUUAUACUGCUUUUUGUAGCGUGGCUGUUGGGGGGCCGCAGCCGCGUGGACGACUAAGGACGCUGCGCUUUUGUCUUUCCCCGUACCAUCUUUUCAUUCAAUGCCUUUUUAUGUUUUAUACGUUCACCACGCGCUGCACAGUUUAGUAUGUGUACAAUAGACUCUUGUGCAAUGGGGGGAGCACGUCUGCUCCCGUUUCUCCCUGCACAGUUUUCAUGCGAUCUGUCUACGCACUUCGGCGUGAAGUAGUGUUGCGCUGAUUUUUUAUAUAUAUAUGCACACAGGUUUGCUCCCACAUGUGGAAAUCCUUCUAUAUGCGGGGUUGCCCUUUUUUCCCAGUUCGUCUUGCGUCGGUGCGCACUGAAGUUCCGGCGUAGAGAGCGUACUACCUAAAGAACUUCCCUCGUUUCGGGACAGGUGGUCCCGCUUUUCCAGAGCGGAAGACGUUUGCAGUCGUCAGCUGCUGCCAGGACCCCCUCGCUCCUUUUCCUCCUAACUCAUUUCCAUGGUUCUUUUUCGGAGCAUCCAGGAGAAGUGUCUGUUGGGAUAGCGUCGUGACUCGUCAUUCCCCCAACUCGAUACCGUGUGUUUUCUUUAGUUUCUGCUUCUGCGCGGGAAAGUUUGCCUUUUCCUCUCCAAAGGUCCCUGCCUGCCCCUUUGAUGCUUGCCGAGGAAACCCCAGCUACACGGUCAGAGCCAACUGGGUGUGCUGUACACGCCGUUGCGCAACGGUCGGAACUCGCAGGAUCUGCUUGUACGUACAUCACGGUAGAGUCCAGUUCUGAAGAGUAGCUUCUUCCUUCGCCCUGGCUUGUUUUCCCUCGACAUGGCAGACUCUGACGCUCCCACCCAGCCGGAAGGUGAGGGGCCGGCGGCCUCUUCUGCGCCGUCUCAGAGCCCCAUCGCUCCAGAAGGCGGACAAGCCACUGUCGAUAGUCGCCAAGAAGAAGAAGUCUCUCAGGAGUUCGAGUGCGUAAUUUGCAUGAAGAUUCUUCUUUUGCCUGUUACUACGCCCUGCGGCCACAAUUUCUGCAAAGGCUGCAUCGAUGAGGCCGUCUCGUACCGGCCGUGCUGCCCGCUGUGCAGGUGUCCUCUUCUUCUCUCGGGGGCUGCAGACCCCGUGACGGGUCUGUCGUCGGGAUCUGCACUCCGAGUCAACACUCUGCUUCAGCAGCUUCUUGAGCGGAACUACCCGCGCGCGAUGCGCCAGCGCCGGCUGUACGAAGAAGAGCGGCUCCAGGAGGCGGCGGCUCGCCGGCGCAUGCAGAGACAGCAGGCGCGUCUGCGGCCUUCAGAGACAGGCCCUCUGUACUCGCCGCGUGCUCCCCGAGAGUCUCCGCCGGAUGACGGUGGCUCCGCUGCCCCUAGAGAUCCCGCGGACGGAGGAAGUGAGAUGAGGCGCAUGGGAGAAGAAGGCCGCCCUGAGCAGAUUUUGACUCUUUUCCGCAUCUUCAGUCGACCCGAUGGCUUCUCAGGACGGAGCCCAGGCCAGCCGGGGACUGGAGGAAGUCCGACGCCCUCGUGGCAGGGAACCAGUCGUGCCGCGGCGGUCGCGGCGCGCGCUGCUCCUCUCUUUCCUGGCGAGUCCAUCUCCCUCCACGUUUACCAAGAAGAAUACGUCCGGCUUGUCGAGCUGUCGCUGCGGAACGCCCGAACUUUCGGCGUGAUCUAUCCGACGCCGCCGCGGUGCGCGACGCCUCCUCUGUCUUCCUCGCGAGCCUCGCGUGCGUCGUCUCAGUCGUGGGUGACUUCGCUGGUGCAGACCGUCUGGGGCCGUCAGUCUCAACGGUGCACGGAGGUCUCCGGUGACUCUCAGAACCCAAUCUCUUCGUCUGAUGCGAGUCCAGCCCCGGCUGCUUCUGUCUCUCCGGCUUCAUCUCCCCCAUUGGCACAUCCGUCCGCCUCGUCGCCUUUGUCGCCCUCGUCCGGGGCAGAAGGCGCGGCGGUUCCCCGACGUCUAGGCGAACACGAGUCGGGGCUCUCUGUGUCGCCUUCAGACUACGAAGCAAGCGCGUCUGGCCAGUCUCCGUCGUCUGCGCCGGAGUACGGCUGCUGCGUCCAGAUCGAGCAACACACGCCUCUGGAGCCUGAGGCCGGCGGCGCGCCAGGCCGCUGUCUGAUUCGCUGCGUAUGUCGAAACCGCUUUCGCGUUCGGAACAAGAUUUUCCUCGAGGACUGGGAUGGACGAGCUAUCGAGGAGCCCGGAGGAGACUCCAGCCAUCCGUUGGAAGAUCGAGACUCACAAGGCCGGGAGGUGGAUUCUGCGGCGCCGGAGAGGUCCAGGCGCGUACGCCGAGAGAACCUGUUUGGCGAGCCCGCCGGCAACACAGGAGGCGGCUUCUACUAUGAGAUAGGGUACUGUGAGCCGAUCUUCGAUGAAGGCGACAGAGAGGAAGCAGCGCUAGACGCCACAGGAACAGGGGUGUUUUCGGAGGGACAGCGCGAGAGCGACGAGGCGGGUGUCGGGCCGGGGAGUGAAGGCCUUCGCUCCCGAAGGCAAGGAGGCGAGACGGAGACGGGAGAAGGCAUGAGUGACCCUGGGCGAGAACUUCACGACACCUGGAUCGCUUGCCAACACACAUGGGGACCGUUAACCCGCCUCUCGGAUCUAGCCCAAGAACGCGCCAAGGUCACGCACGCGCUGGAGGUGUCAAGGCGGUUCAGAACGCUUGGAGGCGAGGCAGGCAGAGACUCUGCAGUGGGGGCAGAGAGGCUCGUGGAGACGUUGGAUAUGGGCCAGAGGCACCCCGGCGCCAGAUUGCAGAGUAGGGAGAUCGUCAGAGAACUGCGGGAGAGAUGCCAGCGCCGUCUUUGUGAAAUCUGCAUUGAGGGCUUGGAAAGGCAGCUGCAGCAAGCAGGGGAUGUUGCGCAGCGUCUCUUCGCGUCCAAGUUCGGACGGAUUCCGUCACUCUCUUCGAGGCGGAUGACCGCAUACGACUUGGAGAAGUUCUCGUUCUUUGUCGCAAAAGUCAUUGUUUCCUCGCCGUCUGUUCGCUGGCAGUGGUUUCUUCUGACCGACACAACGCAGCGACUCCUGGAACUGACGAAGGUGAUAACCGAAGCUCGAUGGAUGAACAUUCUGGCUCUCAACACGACGCCUCUGUCCAGCCUCUCGAGAUUUCUGCUUUUCCAGGACUUCCACAGCAACGUCCUCCUGUUCGUCGCGUUUGUCUGCGUCGUUGUGGUCUUCAAGAUCUGGCCUUCCCUUUUCUUUGACGAUGACUUUUUCUAAGCGUCGCAUCGUUUAAUUAAUUUAAGUUUCAUCAUUAUCGUUCUUCGUUGUUGCGUGGGGCUGCCCCGUUCAAAGUGUCGCGUAGGUGGUGUCUUGAUAGAGUCUUCUCAAAACACCUGGCUGGAACGUUUCUACGUAUUUUGUUAGUACUCGGCGAGUCGUGCUUGCCACCGAUGGUAGAACUGUGUGACAUGUGUGCUGAAGAGCUGGAGCGCCCUGCUUUUUCUCUAGCGAAACAUGUCGUGAAGCGUUUCGUAUCGAUGUCUCCAGGUCGGUGUUUCGAUUUCAGACCCGAGGGGAGAUGGUGUAACUUCGUGAAGAGAGCGAAUUAGGGAUGAAAUUUGCCGGCAAUGCGGGCGAAGUACGACGUAUCUUGCGUUCGUGGCGACAAACCUGGCAGUUGCCCCGGUUUUGUGGAAGGUGUUGUUGUGUAUAUUGUGAAUGCUGUACGUAACGGGUUUCGGAAGUAGAAAGCCGAGUGUACCAAUGCUGCCGUUUUCCAUCAAACGUGGAAGCAGAUGAUUCCAUACAUGCACCGAUACCUACACAUGAGGUCACUUUUUACUGACCAUCUGAUGCAGACACACGACGGCGCAUAAAUAUAGUGUUUUUGUGGUUGUAGUAGAGAUGAGGCACAAGACAGGCUCAAAAUGAGUCUGUCAGCCACUGUGAACACAUAUUUCACGGCUUGUAUCCGGCUGCGCAACUGAUUCUGCAGACGUGUUGCUCAUGAUGCAGAAUACGACGGAUUAGUCAAGAUGUAACAGUAUUUGAAUACGUGGAC